ACAAGCGCUUCGAUAUUUCGAGAUGGGUCGAGCAGCCGGGCUGCCAUGCCUGCCUUGCCGGCCAAGCGGAAGCGGAGCAGCUCUUCGUCCAGCAGCGGCAGCUCCUCGAGCGGGGAGAAGAGCCCACAGGACCGCCUGAGGCUGGUGGCUUCGGAGUUCGAGCUCGUCAAGGACAAGGUGGAUGGCUACGUCUUGGGCCAAGCCGACCCAGAGCAGGGAGAGCACUCCGUCCACAAGACGGCGUCCUUCAUCAGCCAGGAUGCACCCAUCCGGGCGGAAAAGCGGGCGCAGCAUGUUUGGGUGGUGAAGGCAGGACAGGAGCAAGGCAAGUCCAAGUACACGCUGAGCCCAGAUGCUGCCUCCGUCGAUCCCCGGGACACAGCUAGAGUCUCCCGUGACAAGAUCCGCUGCGACAUCUGUGGGAACAAGAUGAAGAAGGCCUAUCGCGUUAGAUGCUUUCCACGGCGCACCCCGCAGGAUCUGCCUGAGGCAGAGAGCGACCGCAAGAUGCUGCCAGACAUAUUUCUGGUAGGCAUGCGCUGCAUGAAAGGCCUCCUUGGGGUGCCGGGACAGAAAUGUCCUGUCAGGACCAAGCUGCGAUCGGACAUCCGCAAGAAGCUGUUGAAGGGUACCAUCUUUCAGCCAGAAGAGAAGAAAGAGAACGAAAAGGAGAAGGAAGGGAAGGACGACGAGGCGUAUCAGGAGGUGGAAAUCGUCCACGCGCUUCAAACUGAGCUCGCGAAAGUCAUCGAGGACUGUGCAGGUCCGGAGGCCGCCUGGCGGCAGAUGCAGGAUACUCGCGAAGUCGGCAUACGAUCUGGAGCAAACUGCAGGGCCUUUGAAGAGAGACCCUACAGCGAAGAGGAGGAUGUGAGCGAGGACGAAGGCACAGAGAUCGAAGUGACGAAGCCUCAACGUGCACUGCCAAAGUCUCCAAAGCCGUCCAUGUUUUCGGAGAAUCACGAGUCUAUGCUGCCGCUAGUCGCAGAGGCGCUUACUGAUGUUCAGGCUCCGCAUCGCAUGUAUGCCACGCCUUUGCAAGGGUUUACACGGCCACCGUAUGUGAUCGUGAUCCCCACGUACGGCCGCCCAGAUCGGCUGUGCCGUGAGACGCUGUCAUUUCUGCGGCGCCAGAAGAUUCCGCAGAAUCUCAUCGAGAUUUGGCUGGCUCCGGGCCACGCUCCCGGCCAGGAGUUCUCCGAGAUGGAGCGCUAUCAGCGUGUGCUGGCACAGGACUGGCCAGAUGUUCAUAUCAGGGUGGGUGUCAAAGGCGUGAUGCAGCAGAGGUGGAGAAUUGGCCUGGAACAUCCAGAGGGCACCCACAUUGUUUCCUUCGAUGAUGACGUUCCCGAGGUCUUCGAAAAAGUGGCCACCGGAACAUCGCAGGAUACCUUGAAACCCAUGCCUCCUGGCGCCCUGGAGGCUCUCAUUCACCACGCUCGUGAUUUGAUGCACCAGGAGGGCUCGUACAUUUGGGGCUUGGCCCCCUCCGCAAAUCCCAUGAACAUGGUCUUGCACAGAAUCUCCCGUCGCAAUGGGAUGGUCAACGGGUUUGCAUAUGGCUACUUGAAUCGUCACGAAGAGCGAUUCAGAAGCGUGUACUGCUCACCCACUGAAGAUGUCGAGCGGAGCUGCCGCUUUUAUGACAAAGACGGGGUGGUGAUCCGCUAUUUGAUGUAUGCAGCUCGCACAAAAUUCAAAGCCCCAGAUGGCAUCAACUUGCUGUACCAAAAUUCUGUGGAGCGGAAGAAAGACGAAGAGCAGGCAAUCAUCAAGAUCAGUGAUGAGUUUCCUGGCUUGCUUCAGGUCCGAACAGGGGGCAGGCGGCGCAAAACUGAACAAGCAAUGAACUUCACCUUCAUUAGCAUAGGAUUGGGCCCACUCCUUCCCAAUGGCGUUGCUACAAGGCCAGAGCAGAAGGCGAGGGUUGUCAAGGAAAAGGCCAAGCUGUCGAAGCAGGCUGAAGAUGAGAAGCAGUUGCUCGAUAAAUGUGUUGCCAUACAGGAGUUCCUCCUGGAACAACAGGAAGACGCAGCGACAGCUCCCAAGAGCGAUGUUUCAAAUGUCCAGAAGCUUCUGGAGAGCGUGAUUGCUGGAGCCAAAGCAGACAAAGUGCUGUUGACUAAGAGGGCGCCAAAGUCCGCGCCGCAAGAAAAGCCGACGGCUUCCCCACCAAAGGAAGCCUUGGAGGAAGCUAAGGAUGGGUCGAUCUUGGAGCCUGCGAGGUCUGAGGGACCUGCGAGGUCUGAGGGACCUGCGAGGUCUGAGGGACCUGCAAGAUCUGAGGGACCUGCGAGGUCUGAGGGACCGCAAGCCUUUGAUCCUUUCGAAGAGGCCGCGGGUGAAGAGACGCCGCCGCAGAUGCUGAUGGCAUCAUCGCUGGCGAAGAUGUCUGCCUUCCGUGAGGAGUGGUGGAUGACCAUGGCCCCGGUGACUCCUCCAGAGCUGCGGCAUGAUCAAGUCCUGGCGGUGGACAGCCCAGAUGGCACGCGUACCCCGCCCCUGGCCUUCGAGCCGGCAAGUGAUAAUGACGAUGAUGUGGAAAUCCUGGCAGUUCACAUGCCGAAAAGACGGCUAGUGCCCCCGCGAUUGCUUCCUCCAGAUCUUCCAGGAGGAUGAUGCUGGACGAAACCCAUCGUUGCACCCAGAUCUGCCCACCGAGUUCUCGGACUUGGAAGAUGAUGAUUUGGGAAGAAGGCUUCAGGACACAGUUGAUGGGAAGACAAAUGGUGCCAUUUAGCGGGACAGAGCCUGCAGCAAUUCGAUUGCAUUGGAAUUGAAGUCGUUCGCGAGUGCAGUCAGCUGACUGCAGUGGAUCAUUUGAUAUGCCGGAAGGCUGUACAUUAGAAGCUCCGUCUGUUUACGGCGCGCUGCUUGGUGCGCAACUGGUCGCUGGCUACUCUGCCAGCCUACCGACAGAGUAGCUUCUCUUAGUGCAUCGUGGCACUGGGCAUGCCGCGCGUCAAAGUGCCAUGCACAACUCAUGACCCGGAAGAUGAAGUUGUGUUCCC